AACGUUGAAAUAAACUAAAACACUUGUUUAACGUUCAUGACACAUGUUUUUCAGUGUAAAACUUUACCUAUCCUCGUUGCGUAUACUUGUAAUUAUUAUUUUUAUCAAUCAUUUCAUAAAUUAUACUAAUCGACAGUUUUGAAAACCGUACUCUUAGCCCCAACCAAAUAUUCAAUUUUGAUUCGCUAUGUUUCCAAGUUGAUAGUCGUAACGUAAUACCUACCUAUGGGAUGUAGUGGAAAACAUGUACUUUUCCGUGAUUAAGAAAUACGCAUUUAUUAGUCAUGAAAAUAUUUGGCACUACGAUCAAAUAUCAACCGCUAAAUCAAAGUGAAUUGGAAGCUAACACUUCCGCAACUAAUAACACGUUGUUAAAUGCUGGAACUGUUCCGAUAACCGACCAUAUUAAGAAUCUAGUUUCAAAAAAAAGAACACGUUAUGGUAAAGUCAUCCUGAUUUUCGUAAUCGUUGGAAUUUUAUUGUUAGGAUGCGUACUAUACGCAUUCUUGCAACGAGAUUCUCAUAACCUACCAGAAGCUCAGUCACAAAAAGUGCCAUCAAUUAUCGAUUUGCAUGGAAUUAUUACCGGAGCGUAUGAGCCUUUCAGAUUCAAUGGGACAUGGAUUUCUGAUGACCAAAUAUUAAUGGCAAAUAUGCGAGGUCAUGUGGUACUCUUCAACGUAACUGAUAAAUCUACCAAGAAGAUAUUAGAUGAUAAAUCAAUGAUUGAUUCAUUGAGUGGUAGACUCGAACUGUCCGCGGACAAAAGAUAUCUGAUGAUCCCCUUCAAUUCGCAAAAAAUAUAUCGACAUUCCUAUUUCGCAUUUUAUUUAAUUUAUGACAUUGAAACACAAAAGAAAACUUACAUAAUCGAUCGUGAUGGUCAGCCAUUGUCUGUACAAUUAGUACUUUGGGCUCCACAAGGGAAUGGCUUUGCAUAUGUCUCUUUCAACGACAUUUAUUACAAACCAUCGGUGAAUAGUCAGCAAGUUUAUCGCAUUACUGACAAUGGUAAUCAUACCACAGUAUACAAUGGAUUAUGCGAUUGGGUUUAUGAAGAGGAAAUAUUCAGUGAUACAAAAGCGAUGUGGUUUUCUCCGGAUGGAAAAAAAUUGGCCUAUGCUACAUUCGAUGACAGUAAAGUUGACACUAUGACCAUUCCUUUUUACGGUGAACCAGGCGCUAUUGAUUCGCAGUAUCCUGGAGUGUUGAAUUUGAGAUAUCCGAAGCCAGGUAGACAAAAUCCUACGUUUUCAUUAAACGUGGCCAAACUCACGGAAACAAAUGGGAAACUAGAAGCCCCGAAAACGUUACCUUUAUUACCAUCUUCUAGAGACCCUAUAUUAAAUACCGUCGCAUGGAUCUCAGAUAAUGAAGUUUCCGCCUGUGUUAUGAAUCGAGUUCAAAAUCAAGCAUCCAUAUUCUCUUGCGAUGCAGAUAGCUCAAAAUGCGAACUAAUGCUAGAUUUAAACAGCAGUGAUGGCUGGAUUGAAUUCAAUUCGCCAAUAUUUUCAUCGGAUGGUCAAAAAAUGUUGUUUAUAAAAUCUCAAGAUCAAGGUAGUGGCCUCGGCUCUUACCGACAUGUUGUACUUUUUGACCGAAACAGUCGAGAAAUUGUGCCCUUGACCAGUGGAAAAUUCACCGUAAUUGAAAUUUUGGCGUGGAAUCAGAAUAAGAACGAAAUUUACUUUACUGCUACGGAAGAAGACAAUCCAAUUAAUCAACACGUAUUUAUGGUGAAAAAUUCUCAAAAUGAUUCUCAAAAACCGAAAUGUCUGUCGUGUAAAAAUGAAGGGCAAGAGGAUUGCACCUUUGCUAGCGUUAUUUACAGUACACAACAAUCCUAUCGUGUUCAGACCUGUAAUGGCCCUGGUGUCCCAACUACCUCUAUAUACGAUCAAGACAGUAAGUUAGUAUUAUCGUGGGAAGAUAACAAAAGGCUGAGAAAAUUGAUGGAAAAUGCAACUUUGCCGAAAGUAGAAUUCUUGCGAGUACCUGUCGCUCAAGGAAUGGAAGCGCAAGUGAAACUAUUAUUGCCAAAUAAUUUGGAUCGGUCUGGCAAUAAAAAAUACCCUCUUCUAGUCAAUGUUUAUGGUGGUCCGAAUUCCAAUCAAGUUUUUAAUCGAUAUAGGAUAAGUUGGGAGACUUACUUCUCUGUUCAAAACGAUGCAAUAAUAGCCUAUAUUGACGGCAGAGGUUCUGGUCUGAAAGGAGACAGCAUGUUAUUCGCUAAUUACAGGAAGUUAGGAUCCGCCGAAAUUAUUGAUCAACUCAACGUCACCUACUACCUUCAAAAUAAAUAUCCAUUCAUUGAUCGAAAAAGAUCAGCGAUAUGGGGCUGGAGUUACGGGGGAUAUGCCACUGGAAUGGCCCUAGCCAGUGAUGUACGUAAUGUUUUCAAAUGUGGAGCAUCCGUCGCUCCUGUGACUGAUUGGAUUUAUUACGAUUCAAUAUAUACUGAAAGAUACCUGGGUCUUCCAACUGACAACGACAACAGAGCUGGAUAUUUGUCCAGUUCUCUUGUAAAUAAAUCCAAAAAUUUAGCAAACAAAAUGUACUUAUUAGUUCACGGAACGUUGGAUGACAACGUUCAUUAUCAACAAUCUAUGAUGCUGUCUCGAAGUUUAGAACUGCAUGACAUCUUAUUUAAACAACAGUCAUAUCCAGAUGAAGCUCAUGGUCUUAGUGCAGUUCGUUUCCAUUUUUAUCACACAUUAGAACAAUUUUUAAGAGAAUGCUUCGCAUGAAUUUGAAAAAAUAAACCCAAGCUCAAGUUCCUACUAUGUGUAGUCAAAUACCUAUUGUAAAUUUCUUAUGGUUAUUUUCGCUUAUCAUGAAAUAAUGAAUUCUUUGCGUUUUUCGAACUGCAGUGCGGUGUGAAUAGUGGAUUCGUCAUUUUGUAAAUUUUUUUUUUUUCGAACAGACUAGAAUUUAGAAGUUGGUUGCGUACUCCUAAUUUCUAUUAAAAUAACGUACGUAAUAAAAAUUUAUAAAUUGUACUAUGCUGUGUAUCUAUUUGAAUAAAAUUUUUCUGAAUUUUUAUUAUCA